UUAUUUGGCAUACAUCUUAUAUUUGGCAGCACAAUCUUUUUACAAUUUUUUAAUAAUCUCGUGAUCGCGAGACGUAUAUUAAGGGACGGAAAAUAACUUUACUUAAAUUUGUUUAAAUUGGCUGAAAAAUAAUUAAACUUAUCGUUGAUACGAGAUGUAUAUUACGAGACGUAAAUAGUUUCACUUAUAUUUCUUUGAAUUGACUGAAAAAACUUAAACUUAUGAAACUUAUCGUUGAUACGAUCGGAGUAAUUGCAAAAGUUUGCUAAGAUCAUUAUUCUCUAGAAAAUAAAAAGCGUUACUUUUGAAGAAAUUAAAAUGUUAUAACUGGAUUCUAUGAAUUAUUCGGUUUCGCACACAUAACGAAGUGACGAUUGUUAAAAUUUGCCACUGAUACGUGAGGAGUCUAUAUUGGGAAUAGAUGCCAGGUGAUAACGAUGUAAAGCAGGAUACUUCGAAGGAUUGUUUCCGGCUAGCGUCCCCAAAAAGGAAUCACUGUCUACGUGUCAGGUUCAUAAAUUUUAUUGAUAAUGCUCAGCAACGGCUCAGCGAUAGAACAUAGUCACGUCUGACCGCGUCUUUCGCGGCGAUCGAAGUUCAGCCAGCUAGCUUCGUAUUCAGAUUUUCAAGAAAGGUGGUAAGGUAACCACCUUACGGCGAAGCAUUUUCUACUUUAGUGGUGGCAGCACGUAGGGCCGUUUCGUAGUGGGGGUGCUUUGAAGGCUUUAAAAGGCCUUCCGACGUCCUUGUAACACGCAGUCUUGGAAUCAUACCAGUAUAAGUGGAUCAAAAGUGCGAAAGUCUUCUCACUAGAAUUUUUGUCGUCAUUGGUUCCGUUAUACUUUCAUCGGGGAGUGAUCUGGUGUGUGGUAAGCUGAGAUUUAAAUUGUUGAGAGGACAAAGGAAAGAGUUUAUAACGAGGAGAAAUUAGAAUCUAGAAAGGGAAGUGAUUUUUUUCACCCGUGAGUCAUCUCUUUGCUUAAAUCCGGAUUUGUGAUUUGUGACUGUACAAGUGAUAAUAAUUCAAUAUUAUCUGCAUAACGAUUGAUUGAGUGAUAAUGAGAGACGAAAUGAGUCUCCGGGUAAUUACAUCCAUAGUACUGGCGAUAUCAAUAUUUUCACCGCCGAUGUCCGGUGCUCUUACCACUUUUGGGAAGAGCAAUCCGCAGAAUCAAAAUCCGCAGAAUUCACCACCACCUACACCAACUGGUAAAUCUCGCGAAUGUAAGAUGGAUAGUGAGUGUGCUGGAAUUCAAAACACAACGUGUAUAGCGGAUCCACGAGAUGGAAGAACCCGAUGUCUUUGCGGCGAUUACUCGGUACCAGUUAAUGGCCUUUGCCCUAAUAAAUUCAAAGCUCUUGGCUCGCCUUGCAGUGACGACACAGACUGUGUGCUCGAUGCUUACUGCGUUCAGCGCAACAAUACUAUAGGCAGACGUUGUUAUUGCAGAGAAGGAUUUGUCCAAGAAGCCCCAUUGAUUUGUAGCGGUUGCUCAUCCAUGUUUGCGAUGUAUACCACGACUCUUCUGGCUGCUUCGCUCGUAUUAGGAAGAUUGGUUUCAAAUAUUUAAGUUUUUAAUAAAUUAUUUAAAAAAUUUCCGGAUCUAUACUUACGGUAACAAAAUAUAAUUAUUGGAACUAACAAAUCAAAAGAGAAGUAACAGCUAGGAAUACGCUUAUUUAUAAGUGUCAACAUUACUCUCAUUAAUUUAACGAAAACAUUUAAAGCAGGAUGUAUGUAUGAAUAUGUUUGAGGUUCGAAAAUGGAUGCACAUUUAUGUGUCAAAUAAUCAUAAAUUCUCUGAUCGAAUCUCGAGUCAAAAUAAUCAAGUGUACCUUCUCUCGAUUAUAAAUUCUUUGAAAAAAUACAUUUUUAUUUUAUAAUUAUUUAUAGUACCAAAAUAUCAUGGUUUUUUACAUUAAAAAAUGUUUUUUUUUAAAUUUAUUCUUGGUCCGGAAAAAGUGUGCGAUUUCUAGAGUAACUGGUAUAUUACGUAAAAUGUAUUGCAAGUAUAUAUGCAAAGUCUGAUUUUCUAUUUCUUAAUUUCUUCUGAUGCGUGUUAAAAUUAGAAAAUUAUAUCCAUGAUCGUAUUAGCUUAUAAUCGACAGGUUCUAUAGCCGAUGAUGUAUAUGUAUAACACUAUAUUUAAAUUAUAAAAAAAAUUUUAAUAAUGUCGAAUUUCUAUAAGAAUAUUAGGUGGUUCAGAGUUCUCAUUCACUCUUAAUUUUGAAUCAGUUUAAGCAAACAAUUUUACUCUUAAUGUCUCUAAUUAAUAAUAAUUUUAAUUAAUAAAUAUAAUUUUAAAUAUCUUUGGGCUCAAAUAAAAUCAAUACGAUAAACCAGUGCUCGGAAUUAUCUCAGCAUUUCAGUCGAUUCUCGUUGAUCUAUUUCUCUCUUUACCGAACGUCAGGAGCGGCAAUUAAUGAUUAGGUUCUUCUGCCUUUAUUAUUAAAAUUUUAAAAAUGUAUUAAAAAUAAUUUUUUUUUAUUUUUAAAUUUAUUAUGGAAAUAUUUCAAUAGAUUUCCACGUCAGGUACUAUUGCUGACGCGUUUUCUCUUUAGAGUGAUUUCCAGUAGGGCUGGGGAACAUUUUUUAAAUGUUUAAUCAUUAUUUGGAGAGUGCCGCUUCUGAUGCUCGGCGGCGCUGGCCCUAGCGCUGCGGCGCGCGCGAUAAGGAGAGGAAAGGAGGCGUCUCUCAAUCACGAGAAUCGGCUGAAAAUGCUGAGAUAAUUCCGAGCACUGCGAUAAAGAGGAUGUCCGAACGAAGGUCGGGUAGCAGUACCAAUAACAAUCUUCUUUUUUCUUAUUUUAUACCAAACGUUUCGAGCAAUACGUGACCAUCUUCAAUAUAUUUAUUGUAAUUAUGUUACAUUAGUUCAAUAAUUAAAAUGAGAUUGAGUUUAAUCCAAAUUAUGAUUUACAUUUGAUUCUUUAUAAUAUCAAAUCUGGAUAGAGCGCCCACGAGACUGACACACCAAAAAAAUUCUCACAGUUACUUGUUGUUUUUCAUCUGAUUAUACGUUAUAACAAGUCUAACAUCUUUGAAACAUAAACUCAAUACACACUGUCAGUCUCGUGGGCGCUCUAUCCAGAUUUGAUAUUAUAAAGAAUCAAAUGUAAAUCAUAAUUUGGAUUAAACUCAAUCUCAUUUUAAUUAUUGAACUAAUGUAACAUAAUUACAAUAAAUACACUGAAGAUAGUCACAUAUUGACCGAAACGUUUAGUAUGAAAUAAGAAAAAAGAAGAUUAUUAUUGGCACUGCUACCCGGCCUUGGCUCGACAUCCUCUUUGUUUAUCGUAUUAAUUUUAAUUAAUUUUAUUUAAAUAAAUAUAAUUAUUUAUUUGUGUCUUAUUUUAUUGAAUUAUAUGAUAGUGUAUCUAAUUAUUUUAGUUUAUGUUUAUGAUAAAAAGUUCAAAAUGUGGAUAUUAACUCUGGGUCAUUUUUAUGCGAUUGUCAAUCAAUCGUAAGUAAGUAAUCAAUCCUUCAUACUCGUAUAUAGCCUCAGUACGUAAAGCACUUUAAAAUAGUUACUACAAUAAAAAAACUGAUGUAGUUGUAACAGUUGCAGUUAAAUUAGAGUAAACAAUUCAUUAACAUAGUCUAUAAUAAUUGCCAUUAAUUAAUAUGAUCAUAUUUCAAUUUUCAUAUUGUGUUUUAUAAUAAUCAUAAUAUAUAUGUAAAA